AUGAAAUUCGCGAGGUCGAGAGUGUGGCUUGGGCAUUGGCAGCACGGGGCGCGCGGGCGCGCACGGGCGCGGGCGCAGGGCACGAAAUCGCGACGUUGCAGGGGAAUUCGCAAGCACCUCCCUGGGUUCGUGGAGAAGGCCGCCGAGUUCAAGGCCAAGGUAAUCUACUCCAUCGCGUGUGUUUCCGUGAACAACGGCUUCGUCAUGAAGGCAUGGAAGGCGGAUCUGAAGAUCGGGGACGAGGUGCUUCUGUUGAGCGACAGCAAUGGACGAUUCACUCGGGCGAUUGGGUGCCAACUCGAUUUAAGCGACAAGUCGGCGGGCUUGGGGGUUCGAUCGAAGAGGUACGCCAUAUAUAUUGAGGAUGGAGUCGUGAAGGUCCUGAAUCUGGAGCAAGGAGGGGAUUUCAGUAUUAGCAGCGCCGAGGAUCUGCUCAAGGCUAUCUGA